AUGGAAAGGAAUUGGUUAGAUGAGCAGUCAUUAGUGGGUCAUGUUCCUUUAUCGAUUGGUACUACUCGUGUUUCAGAUGCAUAUGAAGUAUUUGAUUUGGAAAACAAUCGAAUGAACCAUAGUACAAUUGGGCAGAGUGACGAAUUGAUUGUUGAGAGGGAGAAUCAUAGCACAUCCAACGAAGAAGAAAAUGAUGUGCAUGAUGAUAAUUCCAGUCCCGAAGAGGAAGAAAAUAAUUUUGUUCAAAGUGAUGAAAAUGGGGGUGGCAGCACAUCUUCUGGGUCUACUUAUGAGGAGGUUACCAACGAUGAAGCCAUCAAUUUGGGCUUGGAAGGGGAUGAUCAGAUCCCACUUUCAAGAACUUCCAUUAAUGAAUGGGAACCAUUUGUUGGCAUGGAAUUCGAGACUGAGGAUGAUGCAUAUAGCCACUAUAACAACUAUGCAAGGCAGAUGGGUUUUUCAGUACGAAAAUUUAGGGUGGAACGCUCAAGAGUUGAUAAUCAUAUCCUUGCUAGGUCAUUUGUUUGUGCAAACCAAGGUGAAAAAUGGUGUAAUGAUAAGCGGCGGAGGGGAUUGAAUUAUACACCUCGUGCAACAAAGAAAACCAAAUGUGAAGCCGUAAUGAGGAUCAAGUCCAGGAAUGGAAAAUGGGUGGUGGAUCUUUGUGAAACAGAGCAUAACCAUCCAACAGUGAAUCCGAAUGAUGCAUUUAGACUUCGGUCGCACCAGAAAGUUACUAGAAGUACAAUGCAACUAAUGCAACACCUGCAGAGGUGUGGGGUAAGACAGUCACUAAUAAUGAUAAUUCUAAAAGAGUUGGCUGGUGGAGAGCAACAUGUUGGUAUAACUGAGGACCGUUGUAGGAAUAUGUUUAGGACCAAGCGUAGAAAGUCUAUAGGGGUUGACUGUCAACAAGCCAUCAAUUAUUUAGAUAGAAAGCGCGCUACAGAUGCAGGGUUCUUUUAUGCAAUCCGUGUCAACGAGGAGCAACAGUUGACAGGGAUUUUUUGGAUAGAUAGUCGUGCACGAGAACAAUAUAAGAAGUUUAGUGAUGUAAUUGUGUUUGACACAACUUACAAUAAAAAUAAGUACAAAUUUCCAUUUGCUCCAUUUACUAGUGUUAACCAUCACAUGCAGUGUAUAUUGUUCGGUUGUGGCUUAAUAGCCGAUGAAACGAAGGAUUCAUUCAUAUGGCUUUUUCAGACGUGGCUUCAAGCAAUGCACAACAUUCAUCUAAAAGCAAUAUUCACUGACGAAGAUCCCGGGAUAAUGAGAGCUAUCCGGCAUGUAUUUCCAUCUACUGUCCACCGGCUAUGUGGAUGGCAUUUGGAGAAGCAUAGGAUCAUUCACAUGAGGCCUUUAUUUAAGAAAUAUACAGAUUUGAAAGCAGUAUAUAAAAGUUGCAUUAAUGAUUCAAAAUCACCAUCUGAAUUUGAGGCGAGAUGGCUUAGUAUGAUUCAGAGGUAUAAUUUAAAGGAGCAUAAGUGGUUGAGGAGGCAGUACAAAAUACGCAUGCAUUGGGUGUCAUGUUAUUUUGUUGAUACUUUUUUUGCUGGUAUGAGCACGACACAAAGAGCGGAAUCAAUGAACAAUUACUUUAAAGGUUUCUUCACUCCUUCCACCCCAAUUAAUGAAUUUGUGACACAAUAUGAAGAGGCUAUUAAGAAAAGACGGGAAAAAGAAGCUAAGGCAGACUUCGGUUGCAUCACCUCAACUCCUUCUUGUCGUACAUCCCAUAAAAUUGAGAAGCAAGCCGCAAAUGUUUAUACGGCAAAGGUGUUCAGGGUUUUCAUGGAGGAGUGGUAUGCAUGUUUUGGUCUUGAGCUCAGGCAGUGUGAUUGGGAAAUCUCAGUUAAGAGGUACGAGGUGUUUUCGUUGGAUAGGGAUCAAGAGAAUAACGUGCACCAUGUGCUAGACAACCAAGAGGCCGAAAUUACCACUUGUGAUUGCAAGAUGUUCGAGCAAAAAGGCUUACUCUGCAGGCAUAUACUUAAAGUGUAUGUGAAAACUGAUAGAUCCCAGAUUCCCCAACAAUAUAUUUUGCCUAGAUGGUCCAAAUCUGCCCUAUAUGAUAGCAGUGGGACAGGACAUGUUGAGGGCUCAUCUGAAGAACAACCCCUACCUGUGUGGAAACUUCAUGACAUUGCUAACCGGAUAGCCACUGAAGGAUCUCUUUCCCAAGAGAGGUUUGAUGUUGCACUAAAAGUUUUGAGUGAAGGACUGUCCUUCUGCCAUGGAUCCGAGACAGUGCUCUACAACGAGAGGGAGGCUUAA